AAGGCCACACCAGUACCCCUCUUCAAGGACAGCCCAGUCCGUCGUCUCUCUGUGACUCAGGGAGCAGUAGUAUGUAACUGACGAUUCCCAGUGAACCUUGAGCUCAGUGCUGUCCUUUACCCCCAUCCCAUAUCUAAGUUCUUUCCCCGAUGGAGUGAACACGCUAUUAGACUCAGAUCCACUGACCGGUGCGGAGAACGGACUGCCGUGAAAACCACAGAGGGCCAGCCACCCAUCUGGUCUCGGCUGGAGACUGUUUUUGAUUGUCUGCUGUAUUUGAUCUGUGACCCUCAGACCGGCUCGGAGAAAAGCCGGCUAUCUCUGUUAUCUUGGCCUGAUGCGAGGCUCAGAGAUACCUGGUUUGAAGAUACUACUCAGGGUUGUAAACGUUGAGGAGCCAAGGACAGUCCUCUGGUGGCUUUAGCCUCCUGGCACUAAGGAUCCCAUUCUGCCCUCGGUGUCCCUCGAUCCUCAUGGUUUCUGGAACAGACCGACCGACCUGUCUUCCACUUCAGCCCGCACAGCAGAAGGGGUUCUCUAGUACAGUGAGCAGGUGCUGUCCCCACCGCCGCCAGCCAUGACGGAGAGGAGGAGCGUGGGCUACAGCGUCCACAGAGAGGUCCUGGAUGAAGGAGCCGUUGAGGAGAUGGCAGAGAAGAGCGAGGUCAAGGUGACGCUCUCCGUCAAGGUCAAAGAGUCGUUGAGGUGUUCCGGCCCCAGGAUGAAAAGUCUCAUCCUGGGAUUCCUGCCUAUCCUCUCCUGGCUUCCUCGAUACCCGGUCAGGGACAACGCAGUGGGAGACCUGGUGUCUGGGAUCAGCGUGGGCAUCAUGCAGCUUCCUCAGGGUAUGGCCUACGCCCUGCUGGCCGCUGUUCCUCCUGUCUAUGGACUCUACUCAUCUUUCUACCCAGUCCUCGUCUACUUCCUGUUCGGGACCUCCAAGCACAUCUCCGUCGGUACGUACGCGGUGAUGAGCGUGAUGAUCGGCGGCGUGACGGAGCGCCUGGCGCCCGACGCCGACUUCCUGUCGUGGGACAACGUGUCCAACACCAGCGUGGUGGACCUGCUGUCCCGGGACGCCGAGAGGGUCCGGGUGGCGGCCGCCGUCACCUUCAUGUCCGGCCUGUUCCAGAUCCUGCUGGGCUUGGUCCACUUUGGUUUUGUGGUGACCUACCUGUCAGAGCCGCUGGUCCGUGGCUACACCACCGCUGCUGCCAUCCACGUGGUGGUGUCCCAGCUCAAGUACACCUUCGGCAUCUCACCCGCCAGGUUCAGCGGACCUUUCUCCCUCAUAUACACGGUGCUGGAGGUGUGUUACCUGCUUCCACAGACCAACGUGGGGGCCCUGGUGGUCAGCAUUGUUGCCAUUGUCGGCCUCAUCCUGGUCAAGGAGCUCAACAACUACCUGGGCAAGAAGCUUCCCGUGCCCAUACCUGUGGAGCUGAUCGCAAUUGUUGUUGCCACGUUGAUCUCCUGGCAGGUCAACUUGGAGGACAAGUAUGGAGUAGAUGUAGUGGGAUUGAUCCCUUCAGGUCUCCAGCCCCCAGUCCUCCCAACAGCCUCUCUGUUCGGUCAGGUGAUCGGCGACGCCUUCGCUCUGUCCGUGGUCGGCUACGGUAUCGCCAUCUCGCUCGGACGCAUCUUUGCUCUCAAAUACGGCUACAAGGUGGACGCCAACCAGGAACUGAUAGCUCUGGGUCUGAGCAAUUCUGUGGGAGGGAUUUUCCAAUGUUUCGCCAUCAGCUGCUCCAUGUCUCGCACCAUGGUCCAGGAGAGCACAGGUGGAAAGACACAGGUGGCUGGGGCUCUAUCAGCAGUCGUGAUUCUGUUCAUCACUUUGUGGAUUGGAACUCUCUUUGAAGACCUCCCUAAGGCGGUUUUGGCGGCCAUCAUCUACGUGAACCUACAAGGGAUGAUGAAGCAGUUCAAGGACAUCCCAGCCCUGUGGAGGACUAGCCGUGUAGACAUGUGUGUGUGGGUGGCUACCUUCAUCCUGACUGUGUUGUUUAACCCCGACCUGGGCCUGGCCGCCUCCAUCGCCUUCUCUCUGCUCACCGUCAUCUUUAGGACCCAGCUACCAAGCUACUCUCUCCUAGGUCGGGUAGGAGAUACUGACCUCUACAGGCCAGUGGAGGAGUAUAACCAGGUGAAACAGGUUCCAGGCGUGGUGAUUUUCCGCUCCUCUGCUACUCUUUAUUUUGCCAAUGCUGAGAUGUACCAAGACGCUCUAGCAGAAAAGACGGGCCUGGACAUCACCAGCAUCCUGUCGGCCAAGAAGAAGCUGGAGGCCAAGAGGAAGAGACAAGAGAAGAAGGAGGCCAAGAGGGCCAGGAAGGAUGCUAAGAAGGACCGGGAGUUGCAGGGGGAGUCGGAGUUAGAGAAUCAAAAGGAGAUCGCCGUUAUUAAGAUGAGAGAGGACCUGCGAGACCCGUCCCUCCCUCGAGCCGUCAUCCUGGACCUCAGCCCUGUCAACUUCCUGGACACCGUGGGCGUCAAAACAAUACGCAACAUACGGAGAGAUUACGGGGACAUCGGCAUUGAUGUUCUUUUAACAGGCUGCCAGACUGGUGUGGUGGAGAGCCUGCAGAGUGGAGGGUUCUUCAGUGGUCAGGUGACCAAGGCUUGUCUCUUCUCCACCAAUCAUGACGCCGUACUCCACUGUCUGUCCGAGCGGACGGACGGCAGUCACACAGACAGCGAGAGCGAAGAAGAGGACAUGCCAGCGACUAGUUUCUGAGCAAGAGAAGGGAGUUGGAGAUGUGAGAGUGACACAGUGCUGGUGCUGAACGACUUGUCACACACACACACACACACACACACACACACACACACAUACACACACACACACACACACACACAGAAUGCACUUAACUCCGGCCUUGAACACGUAUGUGUGUGUCACCAAUACGUGUACCAAUAACACACAUUAACAAAACAUGAACAUGCAUGCAUGCGCACAC